GUCUGUGCUCUGUUUUCCCUGCUGCGUUGGGCCACGGAGAGUAAAGCACCUGUGGAGGCUGAUCCCAAUGGCUGCAUGGUGCUGCUCAAAAAGGAGAAGCCGGAAAUGGAGCCAAGAGGCCAGUGGAGUAAUAAAAUGGAGUUUAUGCUCUCCAUGGCUGGGGAGAUCAUCAGCCUGGGCAAUGUCUGGAGAUUCCCUUAUCUCUGUUACAAAAAUGGAGGUGGUGCCUUCUUCAUCCCCUAUCUCUAUCUCAUCUUCCUCUCCUGUGGGAUCCCAGUGUUCUUCCUGGAGACAGCGCUAGGACAGUACACCAGCCAGGGAGGGGUCACCGCCUGGCGGAAGAUCUGCCCUCUCUUUGAAGGAAUUGGAUACGCCUCACAAGUCAUCGAAUCCUAUCUGAAUAUCUACUACAUCGUCAUCUGGGCUAUCUUCUACCUGUUCAGCUCCUUUACUGCUGUGCUUCCCUGGGCCACUUGUAAUAAUCCUUGGAACUCAGAUCGCUGCGUGGACUUUCUGAAUCACUCUAACAUGGAGAACUGGACAGCACCUGCUAAUGCCACCUCCCCCAUUACUGAGUUCUCGGAGAAGCGAGUCCUGGGACUCACAGACGGUAUUCACAAUCUGGGCACUGUGCGCUGGGAGCUGGCUCUCUGCCUCCUGUUCGCCUGGGUCAUCUGCUACUUCUGCAUCUGGAAAGGAGUCAAGUCCACAGGCAAAGUUGUUUACUUCACUGCCACAUUUCCCUGCUUGAUGCUUUUUGUCUUGCUGAUUAGAGGGGUCACCCUUGCUGCUGAGGGGAUCACGUUCUACCUGAAGCCAGACAUUUCCAGGCUUGCAGACCCACAAGUGUGGAUGGAUGCAGGCACUCAGAUCUUCUUCUCUUAUGCUAUCUGCCAGGGGUGCCUGACAGCUUUGGGCAGCUACAACAAGUACAAUAACAACUGUUACAGGGACUGCUUCAUGCUAUGUUUCCUGAAUAGUGCCACCAGCUUUGUGGCCGGCUUUGCUAUCUUCUCUGUGCUGGGCUUCAUGGCACAAGAACAGGGUGUGCCCAUUUCAGAAGUGGGUGAGUCAGGUGCUGGCCUACCAUUCACUGCAUAUCCAAAGGCUGUAAGUGUGUCUCAGGUCUGGUCCUGCCUAUUCUUCCUUAUGCUGAUCUUCCUGGGACUGGACAGCCAGUUCGUCUGCUUUGAGAGCCUAGUGACGACCAUUGUCGACAUGUACCCAAAAGUUCUCCAGAGGAAAGGGCACCGGGAGCUGCUGACCCUGGUCAUUGCAGUCAUAUGCUACCUGCUUGGGCUGAUGCUAGUCACUGAGGGUGGAAUGUACAUCUUCCAGCUGUUUGAUUAUUAUGCUGCCAGUGGUACAUGCCUACUGUUCCUGGCCAUCUUUGAAGCCAUCUGUGUUGGCUGGGUAUAUGGUGCGGACCGUUUCUAUAACAACAUUGAGGACAUGAUUGGUUAUCGGCAAUGGCCGCUGUUUAAGAUGUGUUGGCAGGUUGUCACCCCUGAUGUUUGCCUGGCGACCUUCCUAUUUUCACUGAUCAAGUACACCCCCCUCAAAUACAACAACUGGUACGUGUACUCUCCCUGGGGCUACAUUCUGGGCUGGUUGAUGGCUCUCUCUUCCAUGAUCUGCAUUCCACUCUACAUCAUUUUCAUUCUGCUGAAAACCGGAGGAUCACUAAAGAAGAGGCUAAAGCAACUUACUUCCCCAGCGGAGGACUUGCCUCAGCCAAAGAAGCACUGGGCUAGAGCGUCUGAACCAUUGGAGAGCCCCGAAGCAGAAUACAGGAUCUCAUGCCCAUCAGCCAAGGAAGUGCUCAUAACCACAGAGAAGGAAAACCACUUGUAAAGUAUAUGGGAAAGGAUAUCGCCUUUCCAUUCUGG